UUGCCUUCGCUGAAGGCCCUCCAAUGGAGGGAGAGGGAUUUCUGAGUUCUGAUGCAUCAUGAACAAAAUUUCUUCAAUUUUCUCUUCCCUCCAAUCUCCCUUAUAUAUCCAUCAGCAUUUAACCAAUUCAAGACCAAAGCAGGCAUUAGUGAUAUAAGAACGCAAUUUUUUUCUACAGGUUAAUAUUUCAAAAGGAACUGUUGGUGUUUUGUUUAAGGAGAUUUACCGUGUUUUCGAGAUUUGGAGGUUCUUGAGAAUAGCAAGAUAAUUGCUUAAAGAUCACCGCACCAUCAUUGAAUUCAACAUCAGGCUGAAAUCAAUUAUCAGCCAUGGCUCGUGGAUUAUAUCCUGCCCCUUCUUCUCUUUUGAGACAAAGUUCUUGUAAACGACAGGCAAAAGUAAGCAUGAACAUGUCCAAAGUUAACAAGGAAGCAACAGGCCUGGAAGUAGCCAAUUCUCGCGGAGGGAUAGGAGGCUUGAUGUUGAUGUUUGAACUCAGGAAGAAGAUAAUAACCUUUAGAGACAUUCUUCACCUCCCACCUUGUGCUAAUGCUACUGCAAUUGCUGAGUUGGUCGUGCGAACUUUGGAGGAUCUUAAGAAGUUGUAUCCCAGUAUCCUGCCGAAUAUCGAAGAAAGCAAAGAAGUUUCAUUACAGCAGGAGAUGUCCAAUCUUUACGAGGCUCUAAAAUCAAUAGGAGACGUCUGGGACAACAAUCGUAUGUUAGUUGCAGACUCUGUGCACAGUGCAGAUGUUAGCUCAAAUGCUACAAACUCGAAGCAACUUGGUGGACGAGUGAUUGAAGAGCUUGACAAUAUGAUUAAAACUGCAAGGCAGAAUUUUGAUGUCAAGCAUGAAGAUGAGAAAAGCAAUAAAGACGUUUUAAGAGAAAUGGCUGCAGAUAUCAAAAACACCUGUUCUUCUCCAGCAUCACCCAAUUCAGUCCCUCCUGGUCUGAAGAAACCCAGUGCAGUUGCUGAUGCUUCUAACCCUCUCCCCACUUUACUUCAGACAGUGGAAAAAUGCAUCUCCACGGACAUAUGUCCUGUGGUGUCAUUACAAGGCACUGUCCCUGUUAAAGAGGGGAGGAAGAAGGCGGAUGAACAAACAGAGAACUUUAGCAAAGCGAAAAGCACCACUGAAGGAUCACCAAGAAUAGCAACGAAUGAAGUCACAAGCAGUCCCAAGUCUGGAAUCAAUCCUAAGAGCAAUUUGAGUGACAUGCUUAACGCAAGAAGGCCAAAAGAAGCAAGCCGGUCUUUAUCACUCCCAUCCAUUCCCACAUCUCCAGUACCCCUUGCGGCUCCACGUCCACCUCCUCCUCCAACAGUUGGGGUUUCACGGCUAAAUGGUACUGCUCCACCUCCACCUCCUCCUCCAGGAUUGGGGGUUCGAAAAUUCCCAAGCCUGAAGAGAUCAAAUUCAAAACUGAGGAGAUCAAAUCAUAUGGGAAACUUGUAUCGAAAUCUCAAAAGAAAACUGGAAGGAUCAAAUGUUACUGAUGCAAUAUCCAAUAAGAUAAAUCGUCGGGUUGGUGGUCUUACCAGCAUAAAACAAGGAAUGGCUGCAGCCCUUGCUGAAAUGACAAAAAGAUCAGCAUAUUUUCAUCAGAUUGAAGAAGAUGUUCACAAGCACUCUGAAAUGAUCAUGAAGCUGGGAGAUGACAUAUGUUCCUUUAAGACAAAAGACAUGGCUGAGCUUCAAAAGUUCCGUAGAGAUGUAGAGAAACAUCUAGAGGAAUUGAGUGAUGAGACUCAGGUUUUGGCAAGGUUUGAAGAUUUUCCUACAAAGAAGCUGGAAUCAUUGCGGAUAGCCGCUGCAUUGCACUCAAAAUUGGAAGGAAUAGCUUUUACCCUGGAGCAUUGGAAAACUGGGCCUCCAGUUGAGAUGAUGCUCGACAAGGUGGAACGCUAUUUCAACAAGAUUAAAGUAGAUAUAGAAUUAUUGGACCGGAGCAAAGAUGAAGAUUCUAAGCAUCUUCGAAGUCAUGAUAUUGAUUUUGACUUCAACAUAUUGAUAAGAAUCAAGGAACUUAUGGUGGAUGUUUCCUCAGCCUGCAUGGAGUUGGCACUCAAGGAACGAAGAGAAGCAACUGAAGGAAAACGAAAAGCACUCACGAAACUGCUAUGGAGGGCUUUUCAGCUAGCGUUUCGAGUCUAUACCUUCGCUGGGGGACAAGAUGAGCGAGCUGACAGUUUGACCAAGGAACUAGGUCGAGUACUACAUAGUGAUGCGUGAUAGUAGUGAAGUCAUAGAAUCCUAAAACAAGUGCAGUAAUCUCUGCAUAUCUCCUAUAGGCAAACGACAGCCUAGAACCAUUGUUGUAACAUCUCCUGUAGUUUUUGAACUGAAGCGCUGGAUUCAGGUGCAAUGACAUGAUGUAUCUGGAAUCCAAAAAAAUUGUACUAACUCAUUGAGAAUUAGUGUGCAUACAAGAAAGUUUUGGUUACUAGCAAAA